CCUGUCUACUCAAAAGCACUGGUGGCAGCAGCUGAGGAGUAAAAAAAGAGAAGGAGAGAGACAAGUAGCUGACAUCUGAAACCCACCUCAGGGAGUAAAACAGCUGUGAUAGUCACACAGGUAGAGUUACGACGUGUGUUUCUGGAAAGCUGACAAGACAAAUUGAUUGCUCAGACGUUUAGCAAAGAUGGCCUCCACCGCUCCAUUCAGCCGCAGACAGUGGGCGUCCCAGUCUCUGAGGGUCACCGCCAAGGAGAUGUCCAUCGUCUCUGCCCGGGGGAAAAACAACGCCAUUGCAGAACGCUUCUCUAAGUACCAGAUGGCAGCAGAGGAGGGAAAUGCAGAGAAGAAGAAAGCGCAGGUUGCAGAAACUCUUCCCUCCACACUGCGCAGUGGGAAUCUGAGUGCUUUAAAGAAACGUUGGGAGCAGCAGCAGCCAUCCAGCCACAGACCCCAACCUCAAGCCUGCAUCCCAGCUGACCCUCGGAGCCACAUCAGCCAACCAACAGGCCCCAAACCUACACCCACAUCACAGAUUGAGAACCAGCCAGACGCCUCUAAAACCAUCACACUGUCACAAGACCAGGAUACUGAGCCGAAGACGCUGCUUCACUCUGAGACCAGUGAGAUGAGCACCAGCCAGCUGCGUUCUGCUGAACACGAGGAUCUGACCGACAUGGAGAAGCCCAGCAGAGAUUCAGAGGAGCGGGAGGGAGCAACAGCAGCUGAAGUAUACGACUCUGAGAUGCCCAGUAUCCCCCUCAACAGCCUCAAGUUGAUGUUUGAGAAGGGAGAGAACCUGACCGACAAGGUGCCGAAAGAGCAAACGAGCAGAAGAGACGGUGGUAAUACUGCCAACAUGGACCAGUUACUAGGAGAUGGAAGUCUCGCAGAAUCGACUCCCCUCCGGGACAGGAUGGCCCUCUACCAAGCUGCCAUCUCCAAACAGGAAGUCCCUCCCACCUCAGUAACUAAUGAUCAACUGGACAGUUUCUGUGGGAAGCAGAAGGAAAACGUUCCUCCGUGCACUCUGGACCUGAGUCCAGAGUUUGAACCAAGCAGCAGGAAAGGUUUUACCCCAGAGAGCAAUGGCUCUGCUACUGGUACACCUGUAUCCUCCAAUCAGAGAGACUCCUCCCAGCCCAAGACUCCCAAAAGCUUCUGCCUGCCUGUGAGGGAGACCUGUGUGGCGUGUCUGAAGACCGUCUAUCCUCUGGAGAGGCUGGUGGCCAAUCAGCACGUUUACCACAGCUCCUGCUUCCGCUGCUCUCACUGCAACACCAAACUGAGUUUGGCGAACUACGCCUCCCUGCACAACAACGUCUACUGCAAGGCGCACUUCUGCCAGCUCUUCAAGGCCAAAGGCAACUACGACGAGGGCUUCGGCCACCGGCCCCAUAAAGAGCUGUGGGAGAGCAAAGGGGAGAGCUGUGAGACCUCUCCACAGUCCACCACUCAGACCAAGCCAAAGAUCCAGAACCCGGCCUCGGACCUGGACAGCCCCAGUGUGGAGGACUCCCCGCUGGCUAAAGUCAACGUGCUGAUGGCCACUAUGGAGGCUCUGGGACAGGGAUCAUCGGAGAAGUCCGACAGACACAGUGAGACCCGAAAGCUGAAAAUCUCCUGGCCGCCACGAACGGAGCUGCAGGACACGACCGGCCCCAGUGGAGCCACAACAACCGUAGAGGAGGGGACCCCCGGUAAGCCCGUCCGGGCUAAGUGGCCCCCAGAGGAGGACUCUCUCUCCUCAACCCCAGAGCAGUCCAGAGAGACGCCCUGCCUGCGCCAGACCUCCUCCUUGAAGGAGCGCAGCAUGCCCUUCACACUGGCAGGACAAGCUCCUUCUCCUGAUCCCAGGAAAUGGAGUCCGCCGCCUCCUGUGGACGACGGGCAGCUCAGUCCUGAACCAUCCAACAUGGAGCUGCAGCAUGGCGGCCAGUCCACAGACAGCCAGACACCCACUGAGGAUAGCUGCGUGGAUGUCCACACCAGCUCUGGAGAGGAGCAGGAGGGGGAGAUGAACACAGACAACAUGCCAGAACAUCAUCUCACCAAAGAGGAAGACGACACCCCGGGUGAACAACAACAGGAGGAUGAGGAGGAGGAGGAGGAGGAGGACGACGACGACGACGACGACGACGACGACGACGACGAGGAGAGGAUGGAGGAGGAAGAUGGAGCUGUCAUGGAGGAAGAGAUGCCGCCUCUGAAACGGGAGGAGACGCCAACGGACAUCUCAUCUCCUGAAGGUGAGGCGGUGGCCAGCCGGUCGUCUCAGGAUGUGGGGUUCUGGGACAGCGAGGAAGUGGAGCAGCAGCAGCAGCAGCAGCAGCAGCAGCAGGAGGAGGUGACGGUGGAGGAUUUGAUCAAAAGAAACCGAUACUAUGAGGAUGAAGAGGAGGAAGAGGAUGCAUAGAAUGAUUGAUCAACAAGAUGACAACCAUGGACACUUGGAGGACCUCUUGCCAUUCCUUUUUUUUUUAAAAAUCGUUUUCUUCUUCUCUGCUUGAUAGUUGCUGCAGUGUCUAGUGUGAACUCUACUGAACUCUGUAAUUGUGCCUCUUUUGAACACUUUUUGAAAUAGUUUUUACAAGACUGUCACCCUGACAUGAUUUGUUUUUAAAUGUACAAAAUUUUAAAUUACACCCCAUGUAAUGAAUAUCUUUAGCACAGAAAUGUCUAAUUGUUAUGAUACAGAAUUAUUUUUGUGUAAUUUUCAUUGACUGCCUCCUAUAUCGAAACAAUAACAUAAUCCUAUUUUUAUUUCAAGAUGUGGGAUUAUUACAGGCAAUGUAAAUUCUUAAUGGAGUCACUUUUAAUAGGAAAGAUUAAAGAAGACAUGUUAAAGACGUGCCACUCUGUAUAAGAAGAGUAAGCCCAGCACUUUGGUCUGUUACCCUUUUGUCAGAAUAAUGGGGUUGGUUAGUUUUUGAGUAUACAUCUGUAAUCUUUCUCUUCUUUUCAGCUGCCAUUCUGUAUGUACAUGUUAAAUUUAAAAAAAACGUGUUCCUUUUUUGCUUUCCGAUGUCAAGUUAUAACUGGAUCUGAUGAAUGUUGUACUUGUGUUUUUUUUAAACCAGGGGACCAAAUAUCCUAGAUUACCACUGUUUGAAUAAAUUGUUUUUAAAAAAAAAAA